AUGGGGUUUUGGCUUCCACAAAAUCUUCAAAGACGACUCCUACUUUAUGUUCUCCAACAGAUUUCCCUUUUUUCUAACAUCGAUACAUCAAAUAUAGAUGUUUCCAUUGGUUCCAAAUCAAAAUUCAAUUUUUAUGAAUUAGAAUUAGAUCUAAAUGAUAUAGAUAUACCGAACGUUGAAAUCAAUAGAGGGUUCAUCAAAAAUUUAGAUAUACAACUAAAUGUAUCCGGCGGAGUUACAAUAGAAGGAAGUGACUUGACUUUCACUAUACGGCCUAGAUUCCCUGAACAAAAUAACUUCGAUCAAUUUGGUUUCUCUUUAUUGAAAAGUAUACAUGAUUUGACGAAAUCUGUAGUACAAUUCACUGAUUCAGCUGGUUCUGAAUCAUCAGACGGUCCCGACUACGAUAAUGAAGAAGCUGAUCCAUCAACAAAAAAUAAGACCGACGAAGAAACGAAGAAACAAGGUGGGACUAUGAAAAAUAUGAGAAAUAAAGCUGUAAAUAUGGUUCUCUCAAAAAUAUCGAUCAUUAUACGAAGAAUAGUAAUAAACGUUUUACCUGAAAUUGGGGAAGAAAGUGACCUGGUCAUUAAAUUGGAAGAAGUCUCACUAACUACAAGAGAUAAAAAUAUACGGCAUAUAUCCAUGAAGGAUAUCAAAAUAUUACAUAAGAAAAAGACAGAUGACUCUGCAAAAGUUUCCUCGUCUGGGGCAUCUUCUGAAUCUGGAUCUGAUCGAAUGAUGCAAAGUAUGUAUUAUUCUCGAAUGGAAGGCACAUCCAUGUACAUGAGUGCCAUGGAUACAUUGAUGGAAUCCAAGCAAAUCGAACAGAAUCAAUUAGAAAACAAAGAAAGGGGUGAAGCAAUUGAACGACAGGAGGAAAACCUGGACUUACUGUUUUCCCUUGAUAGAGGUGAGGUUAAAUUCGAGGGUAUCUCGUCUCUGGAAGAUAUCACUAUAACUGAUUUAUCAAUUGAUAUUGAGAAAAUAUAUCUUUCUCUCCAAAAAUGCAUCCAAUUGAAGAAAUCAGUUUUAGUCGAAAUAUUCAAGUUCUUCCUUAACUGUCCAAAAACUGGUAGCGAAAAGACAACAAACACAGAACCAUACAAAAGAUUUCAAAAAGAACAGCAUUUAUCUGAAAAUUCCAGCUUCUCCUUUUUUUGUAUGAAGGAAUUACUGCUUGGCAUUAACGAUAGCUUCGAAUUAUAUCUUAGACAGCUAGUCGUCAAUAAACAAGAAAAUGAAGAAUAUACUCUUUCCAUAUUUUCCAUUGGUUGUAACGCCGAAGAUAUAGGUAUCUCUCACCAACAUCAUCCGGCACUGGAAGGUCUUUUAGUUAAUGGGAGAAAUAAAUUCACACUGGAUGAUUCGCUAGAGGUGUCACUCAAUUAUACUUCCUUGAAUCAACUAGUUGAAUUCUAUAAAGCAUUUAAUGUCUUUUUGGAAUUAAUUAAUAGAAAUCCUGAAAGGAUUCGGAAGCCAAUUGACACGCAUUCAACUGCGGCAGUAAACAUUAAUAUAGAGAAACUAGUAAUAUUUUUAAAGAAUCCACAACAGACUUUAAAGAUGACUAUAUAUUCCACAGAGUUCGAUACGGACAAAAAUUCUUUGCAAACUGGAGAAAUUGAACUGCUAAAUGUAAUCGAAGGGAAAUGCCACGAACUCCUAACCAUUUCAAAAAUAUCCUUUCAUCGAUCAAACACGAAGAUCCAUGCUACCUCAUAUGAUGAAAACUUUAACUCAUCAAUUUUAUUUACUAAUGUCCUCUUAAACAUCCAAUCCAUAACUCUUAAACACUCUUACAAAUCACUAGAGGAUAUCGUUAGUUCUAUAAAAUUGUACCUUCUCCCUAUGUUCGAUAAUCUUCAAGUGCCAGAUACGAGGGAAAAAUCGAAUGCGCUGUUAACGAGAAGUAUUAAAUUUUCAAAUGCUUCAGCUGUAACACAUCAACAAUCUUCAUGUGUACUUUUCAUUCUACAACUGGACACCAUGAAUUUUGUGAUUAACAAUUUUCUUAAUAAUCAAAAAUUUGGUUCCUUAGAGGUCAAUUUGAAAGACAGUUUAUUUGCACUUACUGAAUCAAAUACACUAUUAUUUUAUACUAAACAUAUAAAUAUAGGAAGAAUCUUUGAUGAUUCCAAUACCAAACAGAAAGUCUUAUCUGUCAUAAUACCGAGCAACCAACAAAAGCCAACACUUUUUGCACAGAAGAAACAUGAUGGAAAAUUGAAAUUAACAUUAAGAGAUGUUGCUAUACAUUAUUAUGCGAAAUGGCUUGGGCUCUUCAGAACGUUGAAAUCUACUGUAAUAGAGGUUGAAAAUUUGAUCAAUGCAUCCACUCUAUUUGAAACCAAUGAAGCUCCCAACAGAAUUUUUUGGGAAAUAAAAUUUCUGAAUUCGUCUUUAAAUUUACACCCUUACCGUUUAAGUUCAGCAUUGAUUAUUGUUUUAGAUCGUUUUACUCAUAAUGGGAGGUCACCUACAUUACAUGUCAGGAGUAUGUUGAAAAGAGGAACAUUACUCUUAAUCGAUGACGUUUCGAACAUCAAAACUUUAGACAAGCAGAUUCCUUCUACUUUAAUCGACUUUUAUACACGACAGGGCUUCGUUACGUUAGGAAGAUUGGAUUCAUUACUAUUAACUACUCAGAGAGUCAAAAACUCAGUUACAAUCGAUGCUAAACUAGACCAUCUUAACCUUUCUUUGUGUGCUGACUCAUUUCAUACAUUGGUACAAACAUGUAUUGAUUUGAAAUAUCCAGAAACAUUCCCAGAUGAUCAGAAAUUUAAAGUGAAGUUGCAGUCAAAGAUAAACACUUUCAAUGAUGUAGAUUGUACUUUCUUUGACAAAUCGCACUAUAAUAAACCGAAAACGUCACCAGUUAAAAAUUUUAGAGGUACAAAUUUUAAUAAAGAAACUGCUGAAUAUAUGGAAAUAAUGGAAAGUUUCAUCGAUCAAGUUCAAAGUGAAAUCACUACUGGAUCAGAUGAACUGUCCUUAUUAGAAAGUUCGGAUCACUACGUGAGUAGUUCCGCACCAUCAAAUUCGAGUUUGAUCGAGUUCAAAGAACGCUAUAUUGACACAAGUCCUAUAGAAAACGAGGAUCCAAUACUUAAUGGGGAGGAAGAAAAUAUUGAUGUGAAGCUAGAUUUAGAGCUUUCCAAAAUAAUACUAAAAUUGUUUGACGGCUAUGACUGGAAGUAUACACGUAAAAAUGUUUCUGAAGCCAUUGACCGGUUAGACAAAGAUGCGUCCAUUUCAAAAGAAGAAGAGGACAACUCCAGUACUAUUUUGAAUGCCACUGUUUUUGAUUCAAUUUAUAUAUCAAAUAAUACAUCAACUGUGAACAACCUUAAAAAUAAAGUUACCAAAGAUUUACAAGGUGGAAAUGAUACUUUCAAAACCAUCAGUAAAGUCAAUCUUCGUCCCUCUAAACAUUAUAAAGCGUUAGUUGAGAUACAUGAUUUAAAGGUUAUUUUCACACUCUUCAAGUUUGACCUGCCGACCGAAAUGGAAUCACAUAAUUCUGCUGAUCUGUUGAAUAGAUGUGAACUUUCCAUCGGAACUAUUGACAUAAUUGAUAAUGUUCCAACUUCAACGUGGAAUAAGUUUGUGACCCAACUUCGUCAUGAACAUUGGCCCAGUGGGUUACCAAUGAUCUCUUUAGAUAUCCAAAUGGUUCGACCUAUUGAUUAUUUAGCAGCUACAGAAUUAAUCGUCAACAUGAAUGUCUGUCCAUUACGUUUGCACAUAGAUCAAGACAUGUUGGAUUUUCUAAUAAGAUUUGGUGAGUUUAAAGAUAAUAGGUUCGAAUUAAUUGAUGAGUACCCUACAGAAGUGUUUAUACAAAAAUUGACUACCAAUUCAAUCAAGGUUAGAGUUGAUUAUAAACCGAAAAAAAUUGAUUAUUCAGGAUUGAGGUCGGGCCACACCACGGAAUUAAUGAAUUUUUUUGUAUUAGAUGGAUCUAAUAUCGUAUUAAAGGGUCUUAUCUUAUACGGUCUGAAUGGAUUUGAUGAAAUAUCUGAUCAUAUAAAGGAAGUUUGGACAUUUGAUAUAACUUCAAAACAACUCGGUGGUGUCUUAGAAGGUAUUUCACCGAUCAAGUCGUUUAUACGGUUCGGCUCUGGAGUGAAGACUUUAGUGACAGUUUUGAAAUCUGAAUAUAGAAAUGAUGGACAUGUCGGAAGAACCUUACAAAAAGGUGGAGAAAUUUUUUUAAAGACAACAUCAGGUGAUUUUAUCAAAUUAAGCGCUAAAUUAGCAUCAGGUACGCAAUCCAUUUUGGAAAAUGUCGACGAAUUAUUUGGUGGUAGGGGCACAAGCGGUAGAAUCCAGGAAUCAAAUUCUGAAGCUCUAUUUAAUAUUGACACAUUCUUAGAUGAAGAUCAGCUAGUUGGCGGUAGUAACCCUAAAGUUAGAGGGCAUGGGCCAUCAGCCGUAGUAAUUGAUGCAUCUACACUUCAGGAAGGAGAACCUAAAAUUGUUAGUCUAUAUGCAGAUCAACCGCUAGAUAUUCAUAGAGGGUUAGAAGAGGCAUACAAUUCCUUGGAAAAACAUAUGCAUAUAGCUUACGAUGCAGUUUGGAAAGCCAAGGGUGAACUUAGAAAGAAUGAAAGUGGAGCUACAGCUGCUGCUGUAUAUGUUGCCAAAGCAGCUCCAGUUGCCAUUAUUCGACCAUUGAUUGGUUUAUCUGAAGCAAUUUCAAAGACGUUACAGGGAAUAGCUAACCAAUUAGAUAAGGAUACAAUACAAGAUUUAGAAGAUAAAUACAAAUCAAGGAAAAAGUGA